AUGAAGACUUCUGCAAUGAGUAAACGUAAGUCAAAGGAGAGCAGUGGAGCAAACAGAGAAUGCAUUUCACAGGUGCAAAAAAUUUUACGUGAAAGAUUCUGUCACCAUUAUGCUACUGGCAAACUGUUUGGGGUUGAACAGCAGUACAGACAUCUGCUGGAACUGCUGAAACGAACUACAGUUCACGGAGAAAGUAAUUCUGCCCUCAUUAUUGGACCCCGAGGAUCAGGAAAGACUACGUUAUUAAAACAUGUCUUAAAAGAGGUCAAGGAAAUGAAACAAGUUAGAGAGAACCUCUUGGAAGUUCAUCUGAAUGGCCUUCUACAGACUAAUGAUAAAACAGCCCUGAAGGAGAUCACCAGACAGUUGCACCUGGAAAACGUGGUUGGGGAUAAAGUUUUUGGCAGCUUUGCUGAAAAUCUUGCCUUCCUUCUCGAAGCUUUAAGGAAAGGAGAUCGAACUAGCAGCUGUCCAGUCUUGUUUAUCCUGGAUGAAUUUGACUUGUUUGUUCAUCACAAGAAUCAGACGCUGCUCUAUAACCUCUUCGAUGUAUCCCAGUCAGCACAGACUCCAGUGACAGUUAUUGGACUCACAUGUAGACAGGAUAUCCUGGAGCUCUUGGAGAAGAGAGUAAAAUCAAGGUUCUCUCACCGACAGAUAUAUUUGAUGAAUUCCUUUGAUUUUAAACAAUACAUUAGGAUAUUCAAGGAGAAGCUUUCUCUCCCUGCUAAAUUUCCUGACGAGUCUUUUGCUCAAAAAUGGAAUAACAAUGUUCAGUAUCUCUCAGAAGAUAAAUCUGUGCAAGACACGCUGCAGAACCUUUUCCACUACACCAAAGAUCUGCGCUCGCUUCAUUUGCUGUUG